CCUAGAGGUGCUCGCGACAACUUGAGACGAUCUUCAAAUGAGCAAAGAUGGCUCGGACUGCCAGCACGAGUGCCAGAGGCACAGAUUGCAUCACUGAGGCAAGCUGACAGAGUCGUUGUCAACAGAGAUACCCAAGAAAUUGUGGUUUAUGCCCACCAUAUCCAUGACCUCAACCACCUUUUGGAUGUGAUCGCACCAGAUUUAAACGUCAAAAAUGUGCAGAAGAGCAUGGAGACAGUUCAUAUGAUGUCUUCCACCAUGAGUACUUCAGGGAGCUUAAAGACUCCAGUGCAGAAGAAAUCUUCCGCUUCUGCUGUGUGGAAGAAAGCCAUAACACGGGCAUCAGAAUGGGAUGAGAAAGAUGAAUUCCUUGAUGUGAUUUACUGGUUUCGGCAGUUGAUUGGUAUAAUUUUGGGAGUAUGCUGGGGGUUUAUCCCUUUUCAAGGCAUAUUUGGCAUAAUCUUAUUCCUGGCGGCAAACGUAGCAGUUGUGUAUGUCUACUCAACCAGUUUUCAGAAGGAAGAUGAGGAAAACUAUGGUGGAUUCUGGGAACUCUCCAAGGAAGGCCUGAUGGCAUCUUUCACAGGAUUUCUGGUGACUUGGGUGUUGACAUUCUCAGCAUUACAUUUUGACUGAAGAGUGUCACAUGUGCUGAAUUGAUUGAAGAAUCGUAUCCUGAUUUUUUAUUCAACUGUGUAGUGAACCUUCAGCUCCCAGAAAGCAUCAUGGUAUUCAUCCAUCAUUCCCAGCAUGUGAUAGAAUUAUCUCUAUGACAGGAGGAGUUUUGCUGACCUCAUCAAUGGAUUGUAUGUGUCUCUUGAUUAUUGGGUGGUGUUUGAAUGCUUGUUAUCCCUGUUUUUCACAAAGAGAAGCAUUGUUCUGCUGAUAUUGGUCUUGUUCAUUCUCAAAGCUUCGAGGAUCAUAUUUUGGAGAGUUCUACCCAACAUCUCAUGACCUGGUGUUUUUCAAUACAGAAUAAUAUGAAUGCUUUGCUCUUCAUGGAAAGGUAGCUCAGUGUUGGUGAUUUAUUCUCAUUUCAUGUAUAGAUAUGAUGUGAUUUACAAAUGAACUCCAAGGCCUUCCUCCUCCCCGAAAGCACAUACAAGAAGGGUGAAUGUCUCACUUACGAUUUCUGUAGCCAGUAAAGUUUCUGCUACCCCCCCCCCUGGCUCCCCCUUGGAGGUAAUAAUAUACCCACCUGAUAUCGCUCGGGUGGGGUUUGGCACCCCCGCACUGUUGCCCUGUCCAUCCCCC